AUGACGGAUACCAAAUAAAAGCUAAUAGAUGAUUUCAAGAGCUAUGAUUUUGCUAAUAAUAAGGAUUUUUAAAAGUUCCUCAAAGAAUUGUAGCCUCCUGUUCCUGAAUAAGCUAUGGAGAUGAUAAAGAGACAUUGGUAUAAAAGAUUCAUCAAUCAACAAUUCGAACCAAAUUAUGAUGGUACUCUACCUGAUUUAGAUGAUUUAGAAGAAAAAGAAGAAGGACAUACUCACAAUGGCAAAAAAUGUGAAGGCCAUCAUCAUCAUAAGGAAGAAAGUAAGUUCAAAUCUACUUUAAAGAAAGUAGCUUAUUCAGUUGAGAACUAUCUGAAAGUAAUAUUCAUGUUGACAUUCUUUAAUACUAGAGUUGUAGCUCAAUAUGCUUCUAUAAUUAUUUGUAUUUUAGCAAUAAUUCGUUAAUUAAAACGCCCUCGCUAUACCAAAUAAUAUGUUUAGCAGUUAGCUUAAAACUAGUUUUCUCAAAAUUUGGUUUACAUGCUAGUCUUCGCAUUUCAUAGUGACUCACGUAAUGUGUUUUUUUACUUCCCUUUAGCACUGCACUAUUGGAUUGGAAUAUGUGAGUAUUUAAAUAUUUCAAAGAAUAAAUUAUACUACAAAGCAGAGAAAUUUAUUACUUAAACACGUUAAAACAAAGAUAGAAUUAUGCUUUUGAAAAGUUAAUACGAAAUCGUAUAUUUGUUAAUACUUUUUGUUGAAAUCUUUUUCGGACUAAGCAGCAUCUUUUUAGUUAUUUUCUACUACAAUUUCUUGAAAAUAAAGUACCUCAUAAACACAAACACACAACUUGCCUUCUAAAAAGUAAACAACUCAAUCAAGGCCCGUAUUUCUAAGCCAGGAGUUCCUAAAUUUGUAGGAAAAUUAUAUGCUUAGGUUGAAAGAUUAUUUUCCUGGUUGGUAAAAUACGAAAGUAAAACACCUGAUAAAACAAAUUAACGUGAAAACAGCUCUCCAAAAUAAGAAGUUAAGGAAACUUAAGAAGAUAAAAAAUAAAAUACAAGCGAAACUACAGCAACAUCAACCGAAAAUAAAUCUGAAAAUCAAGCCUAAGAAUCAGCAAAAACAGAAGAACAAGAAAAAAAAGAUUAAUGA